AUGUCAUCUCUCGCAGCUUUAGAUUUAUUCAAUGUACAAGGCCGCGUCGCGGUAGUCACAGGCGGGAGUAAUGGGAUAGGACUCAUGAUUUCAAAAGGACUUGUCCAGAAUGGUGCAAAGGUCUAUAUCGCUGCAUUGCCAAGCGAUCCCAUCGCCGACGUUCUUACCGAGCUCAAUCAUCUGGGGCAAGAAACUGGUGGUACCGCAGCAGGAUUCACCUGUGAUGUAUCAUCUAAAGAAUCCAUAUCUAGACUUGUCCAGCAAGUUUCUCAGAAAGAGAGCUCCUUGGACAUCCUAAUCUCUAAUGCGGGCAUUCGUCGCGACCCUCCACAGGCAUGCAAUGUCCUGACUGCGAAUUUGGAGGAGCUUCAAAAGUCGAUGUGGUCUAUCGAGGAAACAGACUGGGAAGACACCUUUCGAGUGAACUCGACAGCUCAUUACUUCCUCAGCGUUGCUUUCCUUCCCCUUCUAGCUGCAGCAGCCGAGAAGCAGACGGGGAGCGGAGGAAAAGGUCGCGAUGAGGGAAGAGGAGUGAUCGUCAUAACCAGCUCCUGUGCCAGUAUGCACAAUGUCACAAAUGUCGACUUGACGAGCUAUGCCACCAGCAAGGCCGCCACCGACCACUUAGUCAAGUUGCUGGCAGCCAAAUAUAAUCGCUUCUAUGUCCGAGUGGUGGGCAUAAACCCAGGAUUUGUUCCGAGCAAUAUGAAUCCUGUCGGUGCUGAAGGGAAUAUUUUCAGUUCGUUGUUUAACAAGGUUCCAGCACAGCGACCGGGCGCCUCCGAGGAUAUGGCGGGGACGAUCCUAUAUCUUGUGAGCAAAGCCGGUGCAUACGUGGAUGGCGUCUCGUUAUGUGUUGAUGGUGGCCGGAUUUUGUUAGCGAAUGGACAGGAAUGA